GACUGAUCCAAACUUGCGGUGAAGUUGCAAAACAGUUAUCAGCGAGUGAAGCUGCAAAGAUGCGCUGUAGAUAGUUAAUAACAGUUAAAGUAUAUAAAUGUCAUUAUUAACAGACUUUGUGGAUUGUGUGUGCGUGCAACUGAUUAUAUGAUGGAAGUGAAAAAGGACAGUCAAGCUGAAAUAAAUGAACCAGGUGAGAAACAUCAGAAUGUAAAAACAAAACGUAAUGUUUCAGAGAAAGGAUCUCUGAGAACAGAAGACAAAAAAUGUGAAAAGAGUUUUAGUAAAGAUGGACACCCUGUGGAUCACAAGAGGACUCAAAAUGCAGAGAAACCAUUCACAUGUCUUCACUGUGGAAAGAGUUUUGCCAAAAAAUCAACGUUUACAGUCCACAUGAGAGUUCAUACUGGAGAGAAACCAUUCACAUGCCAGCAGUGUGGGAUGAGUUUUGCCCAAAAAAACCACCUUGACAACCACAUGAACAUUCACACUGGAGAGAAACCAUUCACAUGUCAACAAUGUGGAAAGAGUUUUGCCAAAAAAUCAACGUUUACAGUCCACAUGAGAGUUCACACUGGAGAGAAACCAUUCACAUGCCAGCAGUGUGGAAAGAGUUUUGCCCAAAAAAAACACCUUGACAACCACAUGAAAAUUCACACUGGAGAGAAACCAUUCACAUGCCAGCAGUGUGGAAAGAGUUUUGCCCAAAAAAAACACCUUGACAACCACAUGAAAAUUCACACUGGAGAGAGAUCAUUCCCAUGUCAUCAUUGCGAAAAGAGUUUUAGUAAAGAUGGACACCCUGUGGAUCACAAGAGGACUCAAAAUGCAAAGAAACCAUUCACAUGUCAACAAUGUGGAAAGAGUUUUGCCAAAAAAUCAACGUUUACAGUCCACAUGAGAGUUCACACUGGAGAGAAACCAUUCACGUGUCAACAAUGUGGAAAGAGUUUUGCCCAAAAAAACCACCUUGACAACCACGUGAAAAUUCACACUGGAGAGAAACCGUACAAGUGCCAUCACUGUGAGAAGAGUUUCAAGUUUAAAAGAUACCUUAAUAACCACAUGAAAAUUCACACUGGAGAGAAAGCAUUUGAAUGUCAUCAAUGUGGAAAGUUUUUCAGAGGUUAUAGUAACCUUAAUAGACACAUGAAAAUUCACACGGGAGAGAAACCAUUCACAUGCCAGCAGUGUGGAACGAGUUUUGCCCAAAAAAACCACCUUGACAACCACAUGAAAAUUCACACUGGAGAGAAACCAUUCACAUGCCAGCAGUGUGGAAAGAGUUUUGCCCAAAAAAACCACCUUGACAACCACAUGAAAAUUCACACUGGAGAGAAACCAUUCACAUGCCAGCAGUGUGGAAAGAGUUUUGCCCAAAAAAAACACCUUGACAACCACAUGAGAAUUCACACUGGAGAGAAACCAUUUACAUGCCAGCAGUGUGGAAAGAGUUUUGCCCGAAAAAAACACCUUGACAACCACAUGAAAAUUCACACUGGAGAGAGAGCAUUCCCAUGUCAUCAUUGUGAAAAGAGUUUCACGUGUAAGGGUCAGCUUAAGAGACACGUGAGAAUUCACACUGGAGAGAAACCGUACAAGUGCCAUCACUGCGAGAAGAGUUUUACCACCAGUGGUAACCUAAAUACACACAUAAAAACUCACACCGGAGAAAAACCAUUCAUGUGUCAACAGUGUGAAAAGUGUUUUUCAAAUUCAAGCCAUCUUAAUAGACACAUGAGAGUUCACACUGGAGAGAAACCGUUCACAUGUAAACACUGUGGGAAGAGUUUUACAUGGAAAUGUAGUUUCAGAAUUCAUCUGCGCUCUCACUCUGGAGAAAAGUCAUUUAAAUGUGAUGAGUGAAGUAAAAGGUUUAAAUCCUCAUCACACUGCUAACCCUGAUAUUGUCUUUACUUAAAGAAGUGAAGUAAACAUCACUUAAAUAUUUUGUGUUUUGAAGCCAAAGCUUAAAAAAGUUUAGUUGAUUUAACUUUUAAGCUUACAAAAUCCAUUCAACUAAAACAUUCAAGUAGAAUGAACUUAAAAUUAUUAGUUCAUGUUGUGAGGAAUACCCAUAAUCCUUUGCGCCUUAAUAUUUUGAUUAUUUUCAGAUUUUUCAAAGAAUAAAAACUGAUAAGAACGUUCACUACUUACUAAUCACUCAAUGACUGUCAGUCAUCAAUUCUGUUAUAAUACCAUUUAUAACUUCAAAAGUAAUAUAAAGUGUUAAAACUAAAGUUAUUUAGUGCAAUGGGUUUCCUUGCAAAUUUCUAGUAAUGUCAACUAAUCCGGGUUAAGAGUGCAGGAAAAUGAGAAGAAAUUAAAAAAUUAAGUCUAUUCAACUUAAAAUUGUUGUUAGAACAGUUUAUAUGUUUAAGUAAACUUCACUUAAAGCAACACUAUGUAGUUUUUUUACCUUUAAAUAAUGUCUCUAAAAUUAUUUCAGUGACAGAACAACUUUUAACUGGACAAAUUGUAGUGUUGCUGCAACCUGAGCAGCCUCCUAUCUGCAACAAGCACACUCUGAAAGUGGCGGUGGAGGGUAGGAAACACAGCCCCGCCCCUCCCCCUGACUGCAGAAGAGUGUCUGAUACCAGGCACUGUUGCGCUUUUCAACCACAUGGGGGAGCUGUAAGUCAUUUUUACAUGGAAACUACAUAGUGUUGCUUUAAAGUUGUUAAGUAAUCAUUACCUAAAUUAUUUUAGGGCAACAAGUUUGCUUAAUUUUUUUUAAUAUACUCAACUUAUCCGGGCUUACAGUGCACAUCUGAAGAGACAUGUUUGAAAUAAAAAAAACAUGUUGGUUUGAGAUGUUUUAUGUGCUUUGAGUGUGAACAAGGUACAACUACUGGAUUUAACCCCCAUGUUCAGUUUGGGACCCUCAGACCCUCUUCAAGUUUUUUAUUCUGAUAUUUCAUGACGUUUUAGUUACAUAAGAUACAUUUAGAAAUGAAUUUUUUUACCUGUGAUGAA